CAGUACUGUAGAACGUGCAUACAUCAUAGCCCAUCAGGGAAGCUGUAGAGAAGUUUCCAGCCAACAGUUAAACUUAAAAGGACUUUGGAAGUAAACUGAAUUCUCCCAGCUAUACUGUGCACACAACGUAAAACCUAUCAAGCUGCUACUGCAGUGGUUGGAACUGAAAACUGGACAGGAGUUUAAAGAGGACCGUGUGGAUUGAUGGACUACUGGAAGCAAAGUUCUCGAUGACAAUUAGGAUAUAGUUUGCCUUCACUAUUUGGAUACAAUGUUCCCUAUUGGACUUUGCUGUAGGCAUUGAUGAGGAUUUAAAUGUCUGGAAGUGAGACUGACAAGCAACAAAGUAUCAAUGGGCUGUGUAUUCAUGAAGGCAUGCAGACCCCCUUGAUCAAUAUGGGACUUUAGACCCACUGACACCACCUUGCUUCUAGGAGGAGGUAGGUGUGAGGAGAUGGGCUGGAGGCGUCGAUUUAUCCCUAGUCCUACGUUUGUGUGUUUGGCUGUGGCUGUGUGUGUCUUCUACCAGAGCCUGCCAAUACUAUGGAAAAAGACUUCCUGGACUUUAGAUGUGGACUCAGCAGACUCCCAAAAUGUUCCCCUGGAGGUGACCCCUAAUGACUGCCUGUCUACAUGGACUGCUUUAUAUAGGAGUGUGAAGGAGUUUAAGGAAACCUUGAAAAAUAGUCAAAAUCUGAAUACUGAAAGACGAGCCUUUUUGUAUGUCCAUCCUUUGCUCGGUGCUGAAGAAUCCAACUUUUACAAACGUCUCCUGACACAACUUAGAUAUACAGUGCUUCGAGCAGAUGCUGCACCUGGCAAACAGGAACAACUAAUUCAUGGUAUGUCAAACUACAGAGAUGUUCUAAUUUACAUUCCAUCAUAUAAGAGAGUACAUGAAGAAUGUUGCGAGAAGAGAAAAGAACUUGUGCAAUUAAGGCAAGUAAUGCAGGUGAAUAUAUUAUCAGAACCAGAACUCUUGUGCAGCAAAGAAAGAAUGUGCAAAGUUCUCAGCAUAUGCCCAGAAUUUCGGAAUCAUUCAAUAUGCUCAACUGAUUUUGAAGAAUUACUCUCCAGAGAAGCUUUAUCUAGACUUUUUCCAAUGAAGAAAGAAUAUGCAGAUCUUUGUGAAGCAAGUCAGGUUGUUAAAUUUUUGAGUUUGUGGACUGAAGUGAAACACUCAUCACAGGAAUCUCCACUUUUGAGAACAUAUGUCCUUGUGACAUCAAUGUCCCCUCUCCGUGCAUUUAUUCAUUCUACUGGAAUUGUUCAGAAACAACCUAAUGAGCCGUACAUUCCAAUAAAGCUCCAGCACUUUUAUCUGAAUUUUGUCAAAUCAGAAUUGGCUUCAAAAGCUUUUAAUGCCUUGAAGGAGACAAUAGGGAAAUUCUUGCUGACAUUGGAGGUAGUGAGUGAAGCUUCUGCUACGGGGGACCAAACCAUUAACAGAUGUACAGAAUGCUUUCAGCUGUUAACAGUUGACAUUGUACACCGCAAUCCAUUACACCCCACUGUGCUCCAGGUAAAAGAACACUUUAAUUUCGAAGGACUUGAUGCAGAGGAUCAAACAACCAAAGAGUUAAUUAUUGGAAAUGCCUUUAAUUUUAUAUCGCAACAUACGUUCAGCUUUUUAGCGUUUUUGCAGUAUUUUGAGAGGCAGCAGAUUAUAAGGGAUAAUGCGUGCUGGGUGGAUGGCCACAUGGAUUUUACACAGGCAACAUUGCACACAUUGUACAGUUUUGCUGAGGAACUCCCGAGUCCCGGAGAGUUUGAAAUGAUUUAUCCUUCAAUCUCUCCUUCGCUAGUAGCGUGGAAAAACGAAUUAUAUCACCAUUUUGAUCCAAUGCGGAAUCUGGGAUCCAUUUCAUCAAUGCAUAGUAUUCUUUUAGAUCUACUUAAGGAUUUUCACAUUCAUAAAAUGAAUUUAACCCAUGCCAUGUCUUCAGUAAGGAAACAGAACAUUCAAUCAACAUUAUCAGGAGCUGCCAACCGCGGAUCAGCUGGGUCCGAACACAUCAAUUGCAGUAAUGAUAAUGACACACUAUCUCACAUCAGACGUAUCUUUAGCCGCCCCCGUUUGGACCUGUCUCCUGAAUUCAGCCCAAACAUCAAAGCUUACGACGCGGACGUGCCAUUUGAUGUAGUGACAGUAGAAAUUGGAGCAGAGCCUUCCAACUGUAAAAGUCGAGUGCACCUGGAUGAUAAGGAGGGACCGAGAGUUGCAAAUUAUCCCCUUGGAUUAGGAUCUAAUCAGAUUACCAUAUUCAUUACUGAUGAGUCUAAACCCAGCCCUCUAUUACUGGGAAGCUACAAAAUUACAGUGCACCGUGAAGAUCGCCCAAGCCUGCCAUUAUUUGAUCAUUAUAAAGUGUGCGGUUUUGUACAGGACUGUGGUUUGAUCAUUGAUGGAGAGCAACGUUGCGGACUACUGUCUCUUUCCUCAGAGUCCUUGUCAAGACUUUCACAAGCACAAAAAAGGAAAUGUACCACCGGGGACGCUAAAGGCCAGUGGAUUGUUCCCUGUAUGAGCUGUGCAGACAACAGAACCUGCGAUUGGAGGGUGAUGUCCUGGCAGCCAUAUACAUGUCACCAUCAUAUCUUAUCAACAAAGGCAUUACAGCAAUGCUUACAGGACAGAAAGGUUCUGUUUAUCGGAGAUUCAACUAACAGAGGCAUAAUGUACUAUUUGAUAGAACGAGUAAAUGAAACCUUGCAAGAAUGGCAGAAGUCUCAUGAUAUGAGAUUCUACAGAAAUGUAAAUCAAGAAAGGACAAUGGUUGGUUACUCAUAUUAUCCCCAAUUCUGGAUCAACGCUACUCAACGGCCAACCUUUGAACUUGCACUAAAGCAACUACUUUUCAGAUCACGUCCGCUGAAGAACACAAACCAGACCAUAUUGGUAGUUGGCGGAGUCCAGUGGCUCAACCCAAAUCACCUGAAAAUGAUUUACAAUGUUUUGAACAGGGAGAACCUCUCUGAUAUUUUGGUUAUUAUAAAAUCCACAGGAAUGGGCUUCCACCUACCUGUAUAUGGCAUUCGUUCUUUGUCACAGAUCCAGGUGAGACAAUUACUUGAAGAGAACCUGCUCAUCUUGAAGACAGCGCAUCUCUAUGGGUUUGAAGUAGUGGACACGUUUAGUAUUACUAUGGGACGGUACAAAGAGUUCUUGCACGGCAAAUGUGGAUGUCACUUUCACGAGGUUGUGAAAUCCAAGACCUUCCAGGACCUUGACAAGAAGAAAAUGAAACUGUUAAAAAAUUAUACAUAUGGCAACGUACGCUUCUCUCAAAUACAAGACCAUAUGUCAAAUUUGAAAUCAUCCUAUCAUGUAAUGGGUCCAGUGAAUCAGGUUUAUUCCGAAAUCCUUCUCAGUAGGAUGUGUACGUAAGAAGAAAAAAAAAAAAGAAGACUUGCAAAAUAGUGAGAAUUUUCCAGAUAGCACUUACAGAUCCUGGUUCUCCCAUUUGGUACAAGGAGCACAUUGGAUUUAUGAUCAGAUUUGCUGAAAAUUCUCCAUGAAGACAUGUGCAGGUUACAUUAAGCUUUAUGGAUUCAAGAUGUACUAACACAGACAUGCGCUUUUAUAUAAGAUGGAGAAAUAGGGGAGUCCUUCAAACUCUGCCAAGUUUUAGGGCAUACAGCACAUAUUCCAAUUGUACAGAGAAAAGUACAAUUUUACAUAGUUGCUUUAUUUGUGUAUAUGGAGCCUUUAACACACAGAAAGAAGGCAAGCCUCCUUUUUGGGCAUUUGCAGAAUUUUAUAUUUUUCACUGAUCUGAGGCUGUUGACUUCUUUUUGAACAUUGUAUAGAUGGGCAAAUUAGAAAAAGAGCUAUGUUUUGUAAAUGUGUACAGAUGACCCGAUAUGCAUUGUCAUAUAUUGUAUUAUUUUUGUAGCAUGGUAACU